GAGAGAGAGAGGGCAAUCAACUUAUUAGCAACAAGGAGAGGCCAGAAUUGCUCUCAAAUCCUGAAAAAGGUUAAAACUUGAUGACCCUUAUCCUAUCUUCUUCAAGACAAUUUACAAUAUAUCAUUAUAUUCUCAACAUAAAUUUUACGUUCUUAUACAUAUAAAGUCUUUCCCUUCACUCUCUUCCUUCCUUUUCCCUUAGCUUCAUCAUUCACUCGCACCUUGUUUUUCUCCUUCCACUUUCUCCUUCAGCAACCAAAGUUGGGAUUGGUAAUGAUUUUUCCCUUGUGGGUGUUGUGAACUUUCUGUCUAAAACUUCCUUUUGUUCUGUGGCUGUGCCAAAAGGAAAAGAAAAUGGCCCCAAGAUCAGGGAAAGGGAAAUCAAAUAAAGCGAAAACAGAGAAGAAGAAAAAGGAAGAGAAAGGAGUAGCACCUUCUCUCGUUGACAUCACUGUGGUCACUCCCUAUGACACACAGCUUGUCUUAAAGGGUAUCUCUACUGAUAAGAUACUUGAUGUAAGAAGGCUAUUGGCUGUGAAGGUGGAGACAUGCCAUUUUACAAACUAUUCUUUAUCUCACGAGGCUAAAGGUCAAAGAUUAAAUGACAGAGUGGAAGUUGUUACCCUAAAGCCAUGUCUUCUAAGAAUGGUUGAAGAUGAUUACACGGAUGAAGCCCAUGCAGUUGCACACGUGCGGAGGCUAUUGGACAUUGUGGCCUGCACAACGAGGCUCGGGAAGCCCAAACGAAGCUUGUCAAGCCCAGACUCAAAGCCCAAGAAAAACAGCAAGGCCCAAAAUAACACUAAGAUCAAUUUGAGCCCACCCGUAACACCCAAUGGAGAAUCCCGGGUCGGGUCACCGUCGUCGGAGCCUCCGUCGUCGCCGAUAUCUGAUAACGUAGGCAUGAAGGCGAUUCACCCGACGCCGAAGCUCUCAGAUUUCUACGAGUUCUUCUCGUUGGCUCACCUCUCUCCCCCGAUUAUAAAUUUGAAGAGAUGUGAACUGAAAGAUGAAGAUGAUAGACAUAAAGGAGAUUACUUUCAGCUUCAGGUUAAAAUAUGCAAUGGGAAGAUAAUAGAAGUGAUUGCCUCGGAGAAAGGGUUUUACACUGUUGGAAAGCAGUCUCUGCAGUGCCACACAUUGGUUGAUCUUCUGCAACAGCUCAGUAGAGGUUUUGCUAACGCAUAUGAAUCGUUAAUGAAAGCAUUUUUGGAUCGUAAUAAGUUUGGCAAUCUUCCCUAUGGAUUCCGAGGAAAUACAUGGCUUGUUCCUCCAUCUGUUCCUGAGUCUCCUUCAAACUUUGCUGCAUUACCCGCUGAGGAUGAAAACUGGGGUGGUAAUGGUGGUGGCCAAGGAAGAAAUGGUGAAUUUGAUCAUAGACCAUGGGCAACAGAUUUUGCAAUACUGGCCUCUCUUCCUUGCAAAACUGAGGAGGAGAGGGUGAUCAGAGAUAGAAAAGCUUUUCUGCUUCACAGUCUGUUUGUUGAUACCUCAAUAUUUAAGGCUGUCUCGGCUAUACAGCUUGUUAUAGAAUCUAAGUCAAAUGUGAAGAAUGGGUUGAAUUCUUCUCUUGGUUCUAUUCUGCACGAAGAUCACGUGGGAGACUUAUCCAUUGUAGUCAAACGUGGCAUUCAGGAUGGAUGUAGAAAGUAUGAUUCUGUGUUGGAUGAAUCCAGCAUGCAUAAGGAGGAUGCUCAGAAGAAUUUAAUCAAAGGGUUGACUGCAGAUGAAAGUGUAAUUGUUCAUGAUACUUCUUCCUUGGCUUCUGUUGUUGUACACCACUGUGGAUAUACUGCAAUUGUAAAGGUUUUUGGUAAUGUGAACUUGAGGAAACCUAAAGUUCGAGAUAUUGAAAUAGAUGAUCAGCCAGAUGGAGGAGCGAAUGCUCUCAACAUCAACAGUUUGAGGCACUUGCUUCACAAGUCUGGAACUGAAUCAUCAGAAGGGACUUUAUCAUCCCUAUCAAAUUUGGAUGACUUAAAUGCCUCUAAAUAUCUUGUUCGGAAGGUGGUUCAAGAAUGCAUAGAAAAGAUAAAGGAGGAGCCGAGUGUUUCUAAAAGGUCUAUUCGAUGGGAGCUUGGUUCCUGUUGGAUGCAGCAUUUGCAAAAACAGGAAACUUCAACAGAUAACAGUUCCAAAAAAAACAAAGAAGAUGGCAAUGACGUUGAGGAAGCUGUUAAAGGCCUUGGAAAGCAAUUUAAAUUUUUGAAGAGGAGAGAAAAGAAAUCAAGUAAUCUAGAUGGUGCAGAUUCUGUAGAGCAAAAUGACUCUAUACCUGGAAAUAUGAACUUCACUGCUGAUAACGUUGAGCUGAAUAAUGGUGACUUAAAUAACUCUAAUGAAUUAGAGAAAUUACUUUCUAAAGAAGCAUUUUUGCGUCUCCAAGAAUCUGGAACUGGUCUUCAUAUGAAGUCAGUGGAUGAGCUUAUCAGCAUGGCACACGAGUUUUAUGAUGAAAUUGCCUUGCCAAAGCUGGCUACAGACUUCGGAUCACUUGAACUUUCUCCAGUGGAUGGUCGUACACUCACCGACUUUAUGCAUCUAAGGGGUUUACAGAUGCGAUCAUUGGGUAAAGUGGUUAAACUUGCAGAGAAUCUUCCACACAUACAAUCUCUUUGUAUUCAUGAGAUGAUUACUCGAGCUUUCAAGCAUCUACUUAAAGCAGUUAUUGCAUCUGAUGACGAUGUAGCAGACCUAUCUGCAGUCAUUGCAUCAACACUGAAUUUCUUACUAGGAGGGUGUCGAACAGAAGAUACUGACCAAAGCUUGGGUGAUGACCAUAAUCUCAAAAUUCAGUGGUUACGUUUGUUUUUGUCCAAGAGAUUUGGAUGGACAUUAAAUGAUGAAUUUCAACAUUUGAGGAAGUUAUCAAUUCUCAGAGGGCUCUGUCACAAGGUCGGAUUGGAAUUAUUCCCAAGAGAUUAUGACAUGGAGUCCCAUAACCCCUUUGGGAAAUAUGAUAUUAUCAGCCUGGUUCCUGUUUGCAAGCAUGUAGGGUGCUCCUCAAUAGAUGGACGCAAUUUAUUGGAGUCAUCCAAGAUUGCUCUUGAUAAAGGAAAGCUUGAGGAUGCUGUGAAUUUUGGAACAAAGGCAUUAGCUAAGAUGAUGGCUGUUUGUGGCCCCUAUCAUAGGAAUACUGCAAGUGCAUAUAGUCUUCUAGCUGUGGUUCUCUACCACACUGGUGAUUUUAACCAGGCCACCAUUUAUCAGCAAAAGGCCUUGGAUAUAAAUGAGAGAGAGCUUGGGCUUGACCAUCCUGACACAAUGAAAAGCUAUGGGGAUCUUUCUGUUUUUUAUUAUCGUCUGCAACACAUUGAGUUGGCUCUGAAGUAUGUUAAUCGUGCUCUAUUCCUUCUUCAUUUUACAUGUGGGUUGUCUCAUCCUAACACAGCUGCUACGUAUAUAAAUGUGGCCAUGAUGGAGGAGGGCAUGGGAAAUGUUCAUGUGGCGCUUAGAUACUUGCAUGAAGCUCUUAAAUGCAACAAAAGAUUGUUAGGAGCUGAUCAUAUACAGACUGCUGCAAGCUAUCACGCCAUAGCUAUAGCUCUUUCAUUGAUGGAUGCAUAUUCUCUGAGUGUGCAACAUGAGAAAACUACACUAAAGAUACUUAAAGCAAAGCUUGGAUCAGAAGACCUUCGUACACAGGAUGCUGCCGCGUGGCUUGAAUAUUUUGAAUCAAAAGCCAUAGAGCAACAAGAGGCAGCUAAAAAUGGAAUUCCAAAGCCAGAUGCAUCCAUUGCAAGUAAAGGUCACCUUAGUGUGUCAGAUCUAAUGGAUUUUAUAAGUCCUGAUAAUGAUUCAAAGGGAAACGAUGCUCAGAGAAAACUGAGGCGUGCAAAGAUACUCCCAAUAAGUGAUAAUAACCGUCAAGAACAUGAUGAUGCAAUAGCUGAUGAGGGCGUUCUUUUUGAUAACCCAAAAGAUAAUACAAGUGUGGUAGAAGGAAAUGUAGAAGAAGCAAAUGGCACACUUGAUUCUGAAGAACCAAAAGAAAAUGGUGAUUUCACUAGGGACAGCCCAGUGACAAGUGAAACUGUUUUUGAGAUACCAUCUGAUGAAGGUUGGCAAGAAGCCAAUUCAAAAGCGAGGUCAGGAAAUGCUGCUAAUCGCAAGUUAGGACGCAGAAAGCGACCUCUUCUAUCAAAGCUCAGCAUUAACAGUUCUGAUAAUUACAUUUACAAGGAAAGCAGUUUUAGAAAUGAUAUUACUUCACCACCACAAAGAGGAGUUUAUAAAGUCAUGUCAGACUUAUCAUCUCCAUCUAGGCAACCAAAAGCUCGAAACUUAACUUUGAAUGAGGAUUCUGUUAACCAUCCAACAAAAGGUUCUGUGUCCAAAAUUUCAUCUACUCCCCCAUCUCUAACUUCAUUGGCUUCCAAGUCUAUAUCAUACAAAGAAGUUGCUCUGGCACCUCCAGGUACAGUUUUAAAGCCAUUGUUGGAAAAGGUUGAGAUGGACAAGGUUAAUGUUGAAAAUGAGAUAUGCAGCAGUCCACCCUUGACACCAAUCAAUGAAGUUACUUGCCAAAGUUCCAUGAUUAAUCCAGUUUCUCAGCAUGAUGAAGCAGAGGGAACUCAUGAAAUUGAACCUCAACAAGAAAAUUCUGCAUCAGAACUGGAGAAGGCUUCCCUUACUUCUGAUCAGGCAAAGCCUACAGAAACAAAUGGCACCAAGCUUUCAGCUGCAGCCAAGCCAUUCAAUCCAGGAACGUCGUCAAUGUCUCACCAUUUAAAUUCAGUGUCCUUCACAAACAUGUAUGAUACAAAUUCUAGUCAAGGCAUGCUUGUGGAGCCUGUGCUACCCCAUACUGUUGCUAGGGUACCUUGUGGGCCUAGAUCACCUCUAUAUUACAGAACCAACUAUACUUUUCGGAUGAAGCAUGGUUUUACUAAAAGCCAAACUCCUAUCAAGGAAAGAAGUGGAUUUGGGUCUCCAAGAAUAAUGAAUCCACAUGCACCUGAGUUUGUUCCCAGAAGCGCUUCCCAAGUAGAAACCAGUGAUGCCAAUUCAAAUGUUUCCAAUGAGUAUAACUCUUUGUCUGACUCAGGCACAGCGGAAAAAAAUAAGCUAGAUGAAAAUUUUUUAGGCAAGGAAAGUUCCACAAAAAAAAGUAUUUCUGAAUCUGAGAAGUUAGAGAUAGCAAGGCAGAUAUUGCUCAGUUUUCUAGUAAAAUCUGUCAAGAAAAAUAUUGAUUCUAUGGAUGAAUCUAAGGAUAGUGAAGGAAAGGUUGAGAACUUGGAAAAUUCUGAUGAUGAAAUAGCCAAAGACAGUGCUGUGAUAAAAGUUUUGUAUGGAAAUGAAGAAAAGAAUAAAAAAGUGCCUCAUUCCAGUGAUAGUGAUCAAGAAAAUUUAGAAGUAACUGACAAAAAGAAUGCAGAUGGUGAAGGGUUUAUAGUUGUCUCAAAGAGGAGAAAAAACAGGCAAAAGAUCACAAAUGGUGUCACAGAAUUGUACAACCAGCAGCAGUCCAUAUGUGCUUCUGUUCGUUGAAUAGAGUUAUGAUACGAAUAACCAAUGCUCCAAUAUCAUUUCUCCAUCUGAGUGUUUCUGGCCAAAGUUCUUGACAUCAUAUUGUUGAUAAUAUAGUAUAUUACUCCUUGGCCUAGAAUCUUGGUCAUUCAAUUCAUUUUGUUUUUGUUAAUAUAAUAAGUCCAUUCGGGAUUUGUUUAUUCUCUCUAUAUGGUAAGUUUUGUCCUGAUACUAAAGAAAUUUUGCUUUAUCAAUAAAAAGCUAAUUGGAAAGUUCAUUUUAGUAUUUUUGUAGUUUUUUCUUUGGCAUGGAUAGUUUCACCUCGGGAAUUGAACAUAGCCUCUUGCUUUUCAUUCUUCCUUUAGGAACAAAAUAACUUCACAUUUGAGUUUUUUCAUAUUCUCAUGGGCUUUGUUAAGAUGACAAAGUGACAAAGCCCAGUUCAUGUUUCGUGGGCUUUGAUUAUAUGGAGAUGGAAGAGUCUUUACC